UCCCGUUUGUAGCCAUUCAGCAGCCUGGCGCCGCAGAGAGCGCGUCUAUAGUCCGAGCCUGCAGAGCGUCGAUUCAUACCGCAGAGAAGAGGAAAAGGGACAGGCUCUCUCCGCAGGCAGACAACAGAUCGACUCAGCCCGCAUGCUUCACGUCCUGCUGAAACUCCCUAUCACGCCUUUCCAGUUCGGAUCUCCAAAAGGGAAGACAGAAGUGGAAGAACAGCUGCGCCUGGAGCCUGGAUCCGUGGAGUUAUAUAAGAGCAGAGGAAGCGUCAGCCGCGUCGCACAGCAGCCCGGUGUGACUCAUUGAUAAAUAACUCGGCUUCUCUCCGAGCAGAUGCAUGAAUGAGCGCCAGAGUAGGCAACCCGCAGUCGGGAAAUCUGUGAAGCCAGCCGACUUUAUUAUUGACCCCUUUCGUGCGGACCACUGAAGGACAUUCGGAGACCGAAUUUAUUGAUUUUAUAUUUUCACUUUUAAACUAAAACCCCACAGAGAGUUAUUUGCUGAGGCCCACCUGAACCAAGGAAGCUCCCCGCUUUUUCAAAACAUUUCAUACUCCUGCUUAUAAAUGCUUGACAAGCUCAAGCCCGUCGUCCAGCUCGACUCGGCAAUGGCGAUCAGCAAGACGGUAGGCUGGCUCCGGGAGCAGCUGGAGACGCGCAGGGACGGCCUGCUUGUGAUGGACUGCCGGGCCCAGGAGCUCUACGACUCGUCGCAUGUCGAGACGGCGAUCAACGUGGCCAUACCGAGCCUCAUGCUCCGUCGGCUCAAGAAAGGGAACCUGCCCGUGCGCUCCCUGCUCUCCGACGGGGAGGACAGAGAGAAGUUCGUGCGGAGGUGCAAGACCGACACCAUUGUGCUGUACGACGAGUACAGCCGGGAGUGGAACGAGAAUGUGGACGGGGGCUCCGUGCUUGGUCUGCUCCUGAGGAAAAUGAAGGAUGAGGGCUACAAGGCCUAUUAUCUGGAAGGUGGCUUCAGCAAAUUCCAGGCAGAGUUUCCAGCUCUGUGCGAAACCAACCUGGAUGGCUCCUCCAACAGCAGUUCCCCCACUUCCCAGGUGCUGGGCCUCGGCGGACUGCGGAUCAGCUCCGACUCAUCGGACAUCGAGUCGGACAUCGACCCGAGCAGCGCCACGGACUCGGACGGCAGCCCGCUGUCCAAUCCGCAGCCCUCGUUCCCGGUGGAGAUCCUGCCGCACCUCUACCUGGGCUGCGCCAAGGACUCCACCAACCUGGACGUGCUGGAGGAGUACGGAAUCAAGUACAUCCUCAACGUGACCCCCAACCUGCCCAACCUAUUCGAGAACGCGGGAGAGUUUAAAUACAAGCAGAUCCCCAUCUCGGAUCACUGGAGCCAGAAUCUCUCUCAGUUCUUCCCUGAGGCCAUCAGCUUCAUCGAUGAAGCUCGAGGCCAGAAGUGUGGUGUCCUGGUCCACUGUCUGGCCGGCAUCAGCCGCUCAGUGACCGUGACAGUGGCCUACCUGAUGCAGAAGCUCAACUUGUCCAUGAACGACGCCUACGACAUCGUCAAGAUGAAGAAGUCCAACAUCUCGCCCAACUUCAACUUCAUGGGCCAGCUCCUGGACUUUGAGCGCACGCUGGGCCUGAAGAGCCCGUGCGACAACCGCGUGGCGCCACCAAGCCAGCAACUCUACUUCACCACCCCGACCAACCACAACGUCUUCCAGCUGGACCCCCUGGAGUCCACGUGAGGUCGCCUGUCACCACCCGUCUUCUUGCUGGGCCUCCUGCUGGAUAAGCUGCAAAAAAAGUUUCUCUUUUUUCCCUCCCGUCGUCUGCUGUGCGACUGGGCUCUUGAUGUUAUUGAUACAGCUGGUUUGAGGCGACAGCUGCUGAGCGUGGUUACUGGAGGGCCAAAGCAGUCUGGCCAAGAAGCAGCUGCUGUUGACUAAAUGAGAAGAGACAAUAAAAGGGACAGACAAGACAAGAGAAAGAGUCUUUUAAAGAGUGCUUAUACUUUGUACAAUCUACAAUUUUGCUGUCGGACUCCUGUGGUCUUUUCUCUCUAUUUGUCUCUAUGUCUGAGGAAUCUUAAAGUGAUGGAUAGUGUUGGAGAGCUGUAUGUUAUGCUUCAACGUUCCUAGGCUGGUGUGCCAAAGAGACAUGAUUGUUCAAAAUGGACAGAAAAAAUUAAAUCUCUUUUGUAUGUUUGUUUUGGGGUCUAGCACUAGUCCCCCCAAGACUUCAGGGUGCGACGUCUCCCUCAUCUUCUGUGAAGACAUGCCUGCGUGGGGUUGGAGCACCCUGGCUUUAGAAGGCACAUUAUAUACUGGACUCGAUUUUACAUUUGUUGAGUCUUUUCAAACAUUUAUACAUUGUGUAUAUAUCUUAAUAUAAAAAGACAGUAAAAGCCUUGCUCUAGUAUAUACCCUUUGAAUAAGUGGGUACUGAAGAUUCUCUUUGUUUCAUAUUCUACUUUUAUGUAAGCAAACAAACUACAUAUUGAUCAGUAUGUUUAAGUUGAUUAUGCCAAAAAUCAAAAUAGGCUAUCCAAGAAUUGUGCAAAAAUGUGUACUCAUGUAAUAUGUUUGAUAACCGCUUUAUGUGUGAAUUCAGCCGACCGGCCUUGUUUUUACACCUGCCCUCUCACAAGUCAACGUCACCUUGGUUGUUUGCCUUAUUUUUGUGCUCAGAAAGUUUGUUUUGCACAUUAGCCUUCAGAGAAAUCCCCAAUUUCAGUGUCCCAGAGAUUUGUAUGUUCACACAAAGCAGACAGCCAACAGAAACCCUAAACAAUUUUCCACUGCAGUUUUUAAUUUGGCACCAUACCGCAGGUAGCUUGAGCAGUCAGGAAGGCCAACGUUUUGCUGAUCUCUGAAGGUUAAUGUGAGUAAUCUUGAUGUGUGCACAAGGCUUCAAAAUCUCUGACAUGUGGACAAAGCAGGGAGCUUUGCUCGCCCUGCCUCUUCAGGGAAAAUUCUAAGAAAUGCAGUUUUUAUCUGUCAAGAUGAAAGAACAGCAGAAACCAGAGCUUUGGAGGGUUGUGUCAACCCCUCCACAGAGAAGGCCUCUUUCUAGAGGAAGCCAUUUUGGUGACCUCUGCCCGCCCCCUCCACACUCCUCUCUUACGAAUGUAAAGAAAAGAUAAGUUAUUAAUAAAUUGCUAUUUUGUCUACAA